GCUAUGCCCAGAACACCAGUAGCUGCCCGGAAUUCAGUGGUAGGAUGUAACCAGGAUGGAGAUACUAAAAUAGCCUAAGGUCUUGAUGACAUCUGGAAGCUGCUGGGCAAACCAAGCCUGGAGUCUGCCUUCUUCAGGAUUUCUUCCUGCAGGAGAUGGCAAUGGUCAGGAUCAGUAUCCCGCUGAUUCUCAUGGUGGCCACUGGGGGAUGCAGCACAGCUGUGGCCGAUAUUGAUCCUGAGAAAGAGACCUGUUCUUGGUCUCCAUCUCUGCCCCGAAGCUGUGAGGAAAUCAAAGAGAGGUGUCAUGACUCCCAUGAUGGCCUGUACUUCCUCCGCACCAAAAAUGGUGUCAUCUACCAGACCUUCUGUGACAUGACCACUGCGGGUGGCGGCUGGACCCUGGUGGCCAGUGUGCACGAGAACAACAUGUAUGGGAAGUGCACGCUGGGCGAUCGCUGGUCCAGUCAGCAGGGCAACAGAGCCGACUACCCCGAGGGUGAUGGCAACUGGGCCAACUACAACACGUUUGGGUCUGCAGAGGCGGCUAUAAGUGAUGACUACAAGAACCCUGGCUACUAUGAUAUCCAGGCCCAGAACUUGGGCAUCUGGCAUGUGCCCAACAAUAGCCCCAUGGAGAACUGGAGGAACAGCUCCCUGCUGAGAUACCGCACCCAAACUGGCUUCUUCCAGCAUGUGGGACACAAUCUGUUUGGCCUCUACCAGAAAUAUCCAGUGAAAUAUGGAGCAGGAAAAUGUUCGACUGACAAUGGGCCUGCAAUACCGGUGGUCUAUGACUUUGGCGAUGCUCAGAAGACGGCAGCCUAUUACUCCCCCAAUGGCCGCAAUGAAUUCACUGCAGGAUAUGUCCAAUUCAGAGUAUUUAAUAAUGAGAGAGCAGCGAAUGCCUUGUGUGCUGGAAUAAAGGUCACCGGGUGUAACACCGAAGUUCACUGCAUUGGUGGAGGAGGUUACUUCCCCGAGGGCAAUCCCAUGCAAUGUGGAGACUUCUCUGCCUUUGACUGGAAUGGAUAUGGAACUCAUAUUGGAUGGAGCAGUAGCCGGGAGAUAACUGAGGCAGCUGUGCUUUUGUUCUAUUGCUGACACCAUCUUGCUAAGGGACCUGUCCAUCUUUUCCCAGCUGCUAGGGCCUAGUGAUGGAUGCUAACUUGCCUAGUAUGUAGAAUGCCAGUGGCUGAGGAAAGGGAAAUAAAGCAUUUUUCUGGAA